AUCUGCAAUCGCUAUUCGUAUUCACUACUCUCUGAUUCAUGGAGACAGCUCCAUUCAUUGUUAAACGUCGAGAAACAAUGGUUGACUGCAAUUGUAUUUUGUUAUGGAAAUUCCCUCGUUUAUAGUGCUUUUAAAAAAAGGUUUUCGUGUUAUGUGCAAGUGAUUUUUGUGCUUAUGUGUAAUUUUAAUUUGUGACGUUCAUUUAUUUUGAAAGCAAACGUAUCGAAUAAAUAAAGCCAGCCAAAUGCAAGACUGAAUUCAUUACGAAGAAAUGUAGUUAACUGUAAGACAUUCCAAAGAUAAAUAAUAUAACAUGCGCCAUUUUGUAAACGCCGGCCAUUUUGUGUAGUGUACGAUUAAUAAAAAAAUAUGGCGACCAUACCGGCCGUUAGAUCCGAAAAAGAUAUAAUAGAUGAAGCUGAAGAGAAACUUCUGGACAGGAACGAGGUUGUAUUCUUACCCAGUCAGAAUGAAGACAGGGGAUUGGUUUCCGUGAAAUCAUCGAAAAAAGUUCAACUACCCGAAGAUGAGGGCGGUGUUGGCGGCGGUAGAUUCACAAUCGGACCGGCGCCGGAACGAGACUGGGAGAUGGUACCUCCGGAUGGAAAAUGGGGAUGGUGUGUUCUCGUAGGAGCGACGUUAGUGAACAUCCUCAUACCGGGUACUAUAAAAUCGUUCGGAGUACUCCUAGUCGAGUUCAACGAUGUCUUCCAUUCGAGCGCCUCAGCGUCCUCCGGGAUCGUGGCCUUGUGUUACUUCCUCUACAGCAGCUUGGGUCCGAUAUCAUCAAUACUGUCGGUGAAGUGGUCGUAUCGUACUGUGACCUUGAUCGGUGGCUGUUUCGCUGCGUUCGGAAUGAUCAUCAGCUGCUGGGCGUUCUCGAUCAGCUAUUUGUACUUUAGUUUCGGCGCGAUGGUCGGAACUGGCGCCGGCUUAGCUUUCCCGCCGACUGUUUACAUUGUGACGUCAUACUUCGUCCGGCUCCGGGGCUUAGCGAACGGUAUUUGUAUGUCCGGCUCGGCGUUCGGGAGUAUCAUAUUGCCCCCCGUGUUGAGAUACCUGUUGGAGACAUAUGGUUACAAAGGAGCAGUCCUAAUACUCGGCGGUAUCAUGCUGAACGUGUGGGCGGCUGCGUUGUUGUUCCAGCCGGUCGAAGAGCAUAUGGUGAAGAAGUACAAGGAGGUUGAAGACGACGAGGACGGGCCCCAGUUGGAACCAUUCGUUGAAGAAGAUCCGAAUGAAUUGGAAGAAACACUGCACGAUACGAACCCAAAAGUAAUUCUUACACCGGAAGACAACUCGUAUAUGGAGAAAUAUCAUAACGGUUCACCCCCUAACUUCAAGCAACGCUCGAAUGCAGCUUUGGACGAGCGAUUUUCGCCCAGCAAAGGCGACUUCGUUCGUUCAGCAAGCGCCGCUCAAGUCUCCCACAUGGAAAAUCCAAGAACUCGCAAGAUAUCCACGCCAGCGACAUCUAAACACGGCUUGCAGCACAUAUCAAGUAAAAUAUCAAACCACCUUCCCAGUAACCCGUCGCUCCUCGAAUCAGUUCCAGAAGGAAAGACCAGUAGAGUUAAUUCGACGGAAGCGUUCAGUAAGAAAUUAGUAGUCCCAAAGACGCCCAAACGUAGCCCGUCAACGUCGAGCUUCCAGUACAUGUCGACUCCGUUCCAUGGAUCUACGCUAUCCGCUUUCGAAAAACCAAGCGAAUUCGCUUCACAGUUUAGCUUGAAAUCUGUAACGGAUAGUCUAGCCCCAAUUACAUAUUGCUGUGGGUGCAAAAGAGACGACGAUACGAAGAAAGAGCCAAGUAAAUACUUCGAUGUUCAACUGUUAAAAGACCCGAUUUAUCUCGUUAUACUCAUUUCUAAUUGCACGUCCGCUAUUUCUUACACAAAUUUCAUAAUACUAGUUCCGUCCUAUGCCCAAGAAUGUGGCUUCGAUAAAUCUCUCGGAGCGUAUUUGCUAUCGAUCAUUUCAGCGUUAGAUCUGGUUGGCAGAAUAGGUGGAUCCGCGUUAUCUGACGUCGUUCUGACGCCUAAACGUUACUUUUUCAUCACUGGCUUACUGUUGUCAGGAAUAAGCUUGUCGUUGAUUCCGUUGGUAUCUACUUAUUCGGCUAUUAGUGCGAUUUGUUGUGUAUUCGGUAUCGCCUCUGGUAUUAAUGUGGGUGUCACAGCGCUAGUUAUGACGGAGAUGCUAGGCACGGAACGGCUUAUGUCAUCGUACGGUAUAAGUUUAUUCGUGAACGGUAUUCUACAGCUCGUCGGUCCGCCAGUUUGUGGUCUGUGGUUCGAACGCACGAAAUCAUAUAAACUCUUAUUCGUAACUCUCGGGUUUAUUUUAAUAUUCGGAGCUAGUCUGUGGGGAUUCGUGCCGUUCAUUUAUAGGAAGCGAAAACGCGAGCAAAAUUUGAAACAUUCGAUUAAGGCGUAGUGUUAAAAGGUCUUACAUCGUGUUACCAUUACUUAUAUUAACUUUUACUAUAUAUAAUUAAUUUUUACUUUCUUUUUUGACUCGGGUAAGUUAAAGUAUUUUUUUUUAAAACUGGGACAGGAUUGAAGUGGAAAAGCGUGGCAAUUUUGACAUUAGGUGUCAAUGUCAUUUAAUGGUAAAUUUUGUUAGAUAAAAAAUAUAUCCGAACUAAUUUCUAAUAAUUUAAAUCAAGAAUGGAAUAGUAUUUUUAUUUCGAAUAUAUACAUAUAUAACAAUAAUUUUACAAUUAUAUUAUCAAAAUAUGUUAGCCGUCAGGUUUUCUGUACUUAUUAUAUAUUAUUUUUAUUAAUGAAUCUUCCUUUACACUCCAUUUUUAUCACGUUUUUGGUAAUUCUAUUCUUAUACUUAGUUUUACUGUCACUUAUUUCUAGACAUUACAAAAUGAGCGAUUUCUUUAAAUCUUUUUUUCUUGAAAAGGCAAAUUACAUACAGCGUCUAUUAUAUAUUUUUAUUUGAUCGAUUCAAUAUAUUUAUGUAUUAUUUAUUUUACAUAAUAAUAAAAUGUUUUUAAUGUCUAGAAAUAGUAUUUUAAUUAGUAAUAAUAAUAAUCAUUAUACUUUCUCAGCACAAUAUAUCUUAUAAAAUAUUUUUAAUGCUUAGGUUGAUUAUCAUUUAUAUUUCAAAUGUAAGCUUUUGUGAAUAUCAUUAAAACCGUUGCGUUGCUUAAAAUAUAUUUAGUCCUUUUUAAUAUUAAUUGUACAAAUUGUAAACAACACAAAAAUAAUUAUUAAGAAAUUAAAAAAUAAAAUUACAUCAAAGUGCUUUAACACAGUUAAAAGCUACCACAGAUUAAGGAUGUAGGUUCUUCAAUAGACAACAAUAAAUUCUGUACGAAAAAAAAGUGUCUGUUUACAUUUUGUUCAAUAUGUAAUUAAACUGAUCAAUGAAAUUACGCUUUUAAAGUCAAUUGUAUCAAUAUAUUUAAAACAAUGCCUUAAUAAUUGUUAACUAAAUACUAUGUAUAAAAAAUAUUAUUAAAAUGAAUAGUGUAUUUAACUAUCGUAUGUGAACUUGCCGUAAGUUCCUUAAAUCAUUCAUUUCUAUCUCUACUCACCUAUCCUUACCUUUAUACGCAUGUCAUACCUCUUUUGUGUUUUUCUUCUUGUCAAACACUUCCUGAAAAAUUGACGUAACAACUUUUUUUAAUUUUCAUCUCGAAUUAAUAGGCAAGUGAGUUGUGUCUUUGUGCCAAAUAUUAAAUGGACUAACAUUGAUGGUAACAGUAACAAAUAAAUUCUUAUAAGUAUGUGGUUAUAUGCGUUUCGCCACAUUUAAUAAUAACAAGUAAUGAAAUCUAUAAUUCUCAUUGUAGUGCUGGUAUAACAAUCCUUUUUAAUAUUAAAGAUGUUACCUAUACCUUACUUUUUAAUUUUUGAUCUAGAUGACAGUUCAUAUACGAUAUAUAAUACUGUGCUUACAUUUAUAAAUAUAUGUGUAGGAUGAUUAAUUAUCACUUUUAACAAACGUCUACAUAACCUUGUUUUUUAAUUUAAAUUCAAGAUGGCGCUAAAAUAAUCAAAUGACAUUUAAGACGGGAAUAACGAGCACAGUUUAUUACAUCCAAUUAAAAUACUAAUUGGAGCACUUAUAAUGUACUAAUAAAAUGGUGUCAUGUUUAUACUUAAAAUAUUGAAUCUAUAAUAUCUAAAAAUAGAUAAAGAAUGGAUAUAUAACUUGUCUAGGUUGCUUAAUGCAAUCUUAUUUAGCACAAUUUGGUUUUAUAUAACAUUCAAUUAACGCAAUUUUAUCUUUUAAUAUUAAAAAAAAAGAAAUAAUUUUUCUUUGUUUUUUAAAUUUAAGUAUUGCAAUAAUUAAUGGCGCCAAUGACGAAGGCCUAGAUUUGAGAUAGUCUAUAGUAACUAUUCAAAGUAUAUAAAUAAAAGUAUUUUAUAACUAUCCUACAUAUAUACUUGUAAAAUCGGCUUAAAAUGAGGUUUAUAUUAUAUAAUGUAAUAAAUUGUAAACAUUAUACAGGUUUGGUAAAUAUAUUUUAUUUGUCAUCAUUGAAUAUUUCCUUUUAAUUCUUUUAGAUAUAGUUUUGUUUAUAAACUAUGUUUGAAGAGUCUGUCUUUUAAAUAAGGAACGUUAUGUCUUCAAUACUAUAUUUGUAACUUUUACGGGCCUAAUCUAUGUCAAGAAUUACCAAUAUUUCAAAUAUGGCCGCCUGUCAACUGUCUAUUCUUUUUACAUUUUUAAUAAUGAUGAUAUGUAAUGCCAAUUAUAUUUUUAUAUUAUAAUAAUUGACAAUUUACCAGUAAUAAAUAAUCUGUAUACAAUAAUGUAAUUAAUUAAACGAUUCGAUAUUCA